GUCUGCUAAAUGACUAAAAUGUAAAUGUAAAUUAGCCACUCUCUGAGGAGGAUAAUUGGUUGUCAGUGAAAUUCCGUUUCAGCCCUAGUCUGUCGCAGUGCGAUAAGACGUCUAGGUGUCUAGACUGUGAUCCUUGGCAUGGCUUUUAACAGGCAAGCAGUGUCCGGCUUUGUUUAUUGUCGCAUCAAUUUACUAGACAUAAAAUGAAGUUUGGAAGAUAUGUCUUUCUAAGGAUUACAUCGCUGCAAGACAUACUAUGGAUGGACCAAGGCGCCGCUAUAUACAGGACCCUUCUUACGGUGACCUGAACCUGUCAGAAAGCCACAUCCGCUCCGGUAACUUUGCCUCGAUGACAGAGGGCAUUAUUGAAUCAGGACCAUACAAAGUGUCAGCAAGCCAGCCCACGUCUCCCGUGGCACCUGUAGCUCCCAGCUCGGCCGCGGCUAGCCGCCUGGCGCGACCAAUCAGCGAUAGUCAGGCUGAGAUACAGAAAGGCACUAUGCAAGGGCAGCCACAGAGCGGGCCGGUGGUCCUGGCAGACGACCUGAAGAACCCGGCCAUGGAGAAACUGGACCUAGUGAGGAAGUGGAGCAUCAACACGUACAAAUGCACCAGGCAGAUCUUGUCAGAGAAGCUGGGCCGUGGCUCACGGACGGUGGACCUGGAGCUGGAGGGGCAGAUCGAAGUGCUGCGUGACAACAAGCGCAAGUACGAGCACGUGGUCAAGCUGACCCAGACACUGGCCAACCAGCUCACCCAGAUGAUGCAGACUCAGCGGCAACUGGGCGACGCCUUCGCUGACCUCGGCCUUAAGUCGCCGGAGCUUCAUGAGGAGUUUGGCUACAAUGCUGACACUCAAAAACUCUUGUCCAAAAAUGGGGAGACCCUAAUGGGGUCGAUCAACUUUUUCAUCGCCAGCGUGAACACACUGGUGGACAAAACAAUUGAGGACACUAUGAUUAACAUCAAACAGUAUGAAACUGCCAGGGUUGAAUAUGACGCGUACCGCACAGACCUGGAGGAAUUGAACCUGGGCCCGCGGGAUGCCACCACGCUUCCCAAGAUAGAACACUCCCAGCAGCAGUUCCAGAUCCACCGCGAGAAGUACGAGAAGAUGCGCAACGAUGUCUCCCUCAAGCUCAAAUUCCUGGAAGAGAACAAGGUGAAAGUGUUGCACAACCAGUUGAUCCUCUUCCACAAUGCAAUCGCGGCGUACUAUGCAGGAAACCAGCAGCAGCUGGAUCAGACGCUCAAGGAGUUCCACAUCAAGUUGAAAAUGCCCGGUGGCGACACGCCAUCUUGGCUGGAGGAGCACUAAUCAACCGACCCACCCCUCCCAAAAAAUCCACAGUGGUUUGGUCUGGAGAGACUCCAGAAUGAUCAUGAAACAACAGGAAACGCUCUCCUCUCCCUCUCUGCCUCUGUUCCCUGCACUCUUCUUCAGGAUUGUAAAACUUUUUAGGCAAAGCGAAACUAAGACGAAUAAAUAAUAAAAAAACAAAGAAAUAUUUA